CCCGCCUUCACAGCUGCUGCGCCUUUUUGCAAGAUUGGACCAGACUAGACCCCGUGUUCUUGCCUGACACUACGCACAAGCAAACAGCCUAGGCCAGCCCAGUAAUUAGUGGGUGCAUUUGUUGCGGGUUUGGAUUGACUGAGACCACCUGAGAGGCCAGCAAGCACCACAUCACAACUUGAUCCAUCCUGAAAGCCGCCGCCUAGUGUAGUGUCGCUUCCCGCCUCUGAGGUAAAAAAAGCCAAAAGCCACCACCACCUUGGGAUCACCAAAAACUUUACGCACGGCCUCCUUGGGAACCGAUACCUUCCCUUGCCUUGGGGUGCUCCAGUCAGUCCAAAACCGACUUGCCUACCUACCCUGAGACGAAGCCUCAGUUUUGUCAAACGUCAUUGCCCUCAUUGCAGUAACGCACCGCGGGGGACAAAAUUUUGCCUCGGCGUCACCAGGCAACACAAAACGCCUACAUCACCACCCGCUUUUGCCAAACGAGACAACAAAAACCACUCAACAGCAUCCCCCUGCGCUCGGCGACGACCCUGCUCUCCAUUUUCUUCUUCUUUUCCCCCGUAGCCUCCGUGCUACAAAAAGCCUCAGGAGUCAACCGUAAGGAUGGGUCAAACCCUUUCGGAGCCGGUUGUCGAAAAGGCAUCGGCUCGCGGCGAAGAUGAUCGGUUUCUCUACGGAGUGUCGGCCAUGCAGGGCUGGCGAAUCAGCAUGGAAGACGCGCACACGACCGUGCUUGACCUGCUUGCCAAUGAUGCCGAGGCCGCAAAACAACACAAGGGCAAGCUUGCCUUUUUCGGAGUGUUUGACGGCCAUGGAGGCGACAAAGUAGCUCUUUUCUCAGGCGACAAUAUACACAAGAUUGUCCAGAACCAGGACACUUUCAAGUCUGGGAACUACGAGCAGGCCCUCAAAGACGGAUUUCUCGCCACCGAUCGUGCAAUCCUCAACGACCCGAAGUAUGAAGACGAAGUGUCAGGUUGCACAGCUUGCGUUGGCCUAUUGACCGACGACAAGAUUUACAUUGCCAAUGCCGGUGACUCGAGGAGUGUCUUGGGCGUUAAGGGACGUGCGAAGCCCCUAUCAUUCGAUCACAAGCCACAAAACGAGGGCGAGAAAGCAAGAAUCACCGCCGCUGGCGGUUUCGUUGACUUUGGCCGAGUGAACGGAAACCUGGCUCUGUCGCGUGCUAUUGGCGAUUUCGAAUUCAAGAAGAGCGCCGAGCUUGCGCCUGAGCAGCAAAUAGUGACUGCCUACCCCGAUGUUGUGGUCCACGACAUGGGUGAUGAUGAUGAGUUCUUGGUCAUUGCAUGUGAUGGUAUCUGGGAUUGCCAAUCCUCACAAGCAGUCGUUGAGUUUGUCAGGCGAGGAAUUGCAGCCAAGCAAGCUUUGGAGAAGAUUUGCGAAAACAUGAUGGACAACUGCCUGGCCUCCAACUCGGAGACUGGUGGCGUCGGCUGCGACAACAUGACGAUGAUAAUCAUCGGUUUCCUGCGUGGCCGCACCAAGGAGGAGUGGUACGAGGAGAUCGCAAGGAGGGUUGCGAACGGCGACGGCCCCUGCGCUCCCCCAGAAUACGCCGAGUUUCGAGGGCCUGGUGUCCACCACAACUUUGACGACAGCGACAGCGGUUACGACGUCGACAUGGACCAGAGCAAGGGCAAGACUUUUGGAAUUGGCGGGUACAAGGGACGCGUCAUAUUCCUCGGCGACGGCACUGAAGUCCUCACCGAUGCGGACGAUAAUGCCAUGUUUGAGUCGGAAAAACAGGACCUUGACAGUCAGGUUGCCAAGACGGGCUCGUCCGAAGAUGACGGAACGACAGAGGACCAGACAAAUAAAAAGGAGGGCACAACAGACGGCAAGGCUGACAAAGGGACCAAAGAUGCUAGCGAGGAGGCCGAGGCCAAGGCAGAGAACAUUGACGCUGCUGUGAAAAAGGACGAGGAUAUCAAGGUCUGAACAUUUGAUUGCUCAAGACAGCAAAAAAAUGAUGUUCUUGAAACGUUGUUUUUGACAGCCGCCGUCCCGCCACCUCUCCUGUCCCCUACACCUUUGACCUCUCACCUCCCGGUGUCUGUGCUCUAAUGACUCGGUCUAUUUCUCAACCCUCUCAAUCGAUGGUUAUGACGGUUUUAUGAUUUGGUAUCCGGAAAUAUAUCCUUUGUUUUUUAUUUUCUGUCUCUCUCUUUACUGUUUUUUGUUUCUGCCCCGUCUAGCUUCACUUCAUCAAAGUCGUAGGAAAAUACAAUACAACGCAACGCCCUGCAACAUUGGUCGCUUUUUUCUUUCUCGCAUAUACUGGCGACACCAUGCUGCGCCAAGGUUGAUGCAUGCCAAGCCAAAAUUAUGAUAUGUUCUUGGAUCCCGGACACAGCAAUCCAG